AUGGAUGUGUCGAACGCGUUCCAACAUGGCCAUCUCUCGGAGCAGGUCUUCUGUCAGCAGCCCACUGGCUUCGUCGAUGCAGCUCAUUCUGAUCAUGCGUGCUUGCUCUCCCGCUCCUUGUACGGGUUGAAGCAAGCCCCUCGAGCAUGGUACCAGCGCAUCGCCGCCUUCCUGGAGCAGCUUGGGUUUCGAGCUACUCGCUCCGACGCCUCGCUGUUUGUGUACCACCAGGGCCAGGCGACUGCUUACCUGCUCCUCUAUGUCGACAACAUCAUCCUGCGCCUGCAUAGCAUCGUUCACUGCGACACAUGCCAAGGUGCCUUCUCAGUUGCUAGCUUAUCUGUCGAAUCGACAGACAAGCUAGCAACUGAGACCGCACCUUGGUGCCCGCAUGCCGCCGCAACCAAUCAACGUCCAAUGCCACCAAUAAUCCCCUACAGUCCUACACCGCCGUUGGCCACGAAUAAGGAUGGCGGUGUGAGGCUUCCCAUGGAUUUAGUUAACCAAGUACUUGCUCCUUCCCAAAAUAUAAGACACCGAUUGAUUUUUGUCAUCAUUGCACAAUUUUAA